AUGAAUCCCAGUCCCAUGAAUGGUGGAGGCAAAGAAAGCAAUGGGAAGUUGUUGCAGGAGACAGAAGAUGCAGAUGGAGAUGACACGAGUUGGCCGCAUUUGGAAGCAGAAGAUUACAUAGUUUUCUGCUUUACAGACGGCGGGGAUAUUCGUGUGGUGGAGGACAGGAAAAGAGGGGUGAGCUCUGGGAGUGACAUAGAAAUCUACCCAGAAAAUGAAGCAGAGAUGAUCAUAUCAUUUGAAAAGGCUAAAGAGAAAUGGAGAGAUAGUGAUGAGAUUAGAGAGACAAUUUGCACAUCUUCUGAUGAAUCAUCAAGUGACUGCAAUCAAUCAUUUGCUAGCAAAGGGUCUUUUGCCUUCCCAGUAUUAGGGUUGGAAUGGGUGGGCAGUCCAGUUCACAUUCCCAGACAAGAAGAUAAUAGCACAUGCUUGAAGAAGCACAGAGGUUGGAGCCACCUUUUCUUACACUGUUGUAGAUUCUGA